CACCCCGUCCGUCAGUGCCACCAGCCCGGAGAAAAGCGCCACAACCCUAGUGGACACCGGCAUGACCUCGGCAGCCCCCGCAAUCACCUCGGUGGAAACCGGCACCACCCAGACCACCAGCGCCACCACCCCGGUGGAAACAGGCACCACCCCAGCUGCCAGCACCACCACCCAUGUGGAAACUGGCGCCACCAUCCCAGCCACCAGUGCCACCUCUCCGGUGGAAACCGGCACCACCCCAGCCGCCAGUGCCACCACUCCAGUGGAAACCAGCACCACCCCGGCUGCCAGCGCCACCACCCUGGAGGAAAGCAGCACUACGCCGUCCUCCAGCGCCGCAACACCAGUGGACACUGGCACCACCCCUUCUGCCAGCGCCACAACCCCAGUGGAAACUGGCAUCACCUUAUGCGCCAGCACCACCACCCCGGAGGAAAGCGCCACAACCCCGGUGGACACCGGCACCACCCAGUCCGGCAGCGCCACCACCCUGGUGGAAACCAGCAGCACCCCGGCCACCACCGCCGCCACCCUGGCCACCAGCACCACCAUCUUGGUGGAAACUGGCACCACCCCGGCCGCCACUGCAACCACCCCGGAGGAAAGCAGCACCACCCUGGCUGCCAGCGCCACGACCCUGGUCGCUAGCGCCACAUCCCCAGUGGAAACUGGCACCACCCCGGUCACCAUGGCAACCACCCCUGAGAAAAGCAGCACCACUCGGGUGGAAACUAGCACCACCCCGGCCGCCAGUGCCACCACCCCAGUGCAAACUGGCACCACCCCCGUCUCCACCACCCCAGCUGCCAGUGCCACCACCCCGGUGGAAACCAGCACCACCCCGGCCACCACUGCCACGACCCCAGAGGAAAGCGGCACCACCCUGGCUGCCAGCGCCACCACCCCAGAGGAAACCAGCACCACUCCGGCCGCCAGUGCCACGACCCUGGUCGCUAGCGCCACAUCCCCAGUGGAAACUGGCACCACCCCGGUCGCCACUACCCAGGCCGCCAGCGCCACCACCCCAGUAGACACUGGCACUACCCCGACCACCAGUGCUACCACCCUGGUGGACACCGGCACCACCCCGGCCGCCAGCACCACCACCCCAGUGGAAACCAGCAACACCCCAGCUGCCAGUGCCACCACCCCAGUAGACACCGGCACCACCCCGACCACCAGUGCUACCACCCCGGUGGACACCAGCACCAACCUGGCCGCCAGCACCACCACCCCAGUGGAAACUGGCACCACCCCGGUCACCAGGGCAACCACCCCAGAGAAAAGCAGCACCACCCGGGUGGAAACUAGCACCGCCCCUUCCGACACUGCCACCAGCCCAGCCGCCAGCGCCACCAUCCCAGCCACCAGCACCACAACCCCAGUGCAAACUGGCACCACCCCCGUCUCCACCACCCCAGCCGCCAGCACCACAACCCCAGUGCAAACUGGCACCACCCCCGUCUCCACCAUCCCAGCCGCCAGCACCACAACCCCAGUGCAAACCGGCACCACCCCCGUCUCCACCAUCCCAGCCGCCAGCACCACAACCCCAGUGCAAACCAGCACCACCCCCGUCUCCACCACCCCAGCCACCAGCACCACAACCCCAGUGCAAACUGGCACCACCCUCGUCUCCACCACCCCAGCUGCCAGUGCCACCACCCCGGUGGAAACCAGCACCACCCCGGCUGCCACUGCAACCACCCCACUGGAAACCGCCACCACCCCAUUCGUCAUCACCUCGACCCCAGUGGAAACCAGGCCACCCCCUACCUCGACUGCCAUGCCCACAUUGGCAACGACCACAACGCCAGCCACCACCACCUGGCCCACGAAACCCACGACUUCCACCUCUACAGCUAGGCCUGCACUCGAUUGCCUGAAUGGGGGAACUUACGACGAAACCGACAAGAAAUGCGUCUGCCGGAGUGAAUUCAACGGGCCGCUCUGCGAGUCUGCCAACGACAUUAUAGCCACCAACGUGAGUACACUCAUGGCUGAGGUCGACGUUCAAGUGAAGGUCACCAGCCAGAACUUCACGGAGGAGCUGAACAAUAAAUCCUCUGACGUUUAUAUUAAGUUCGAGUUCAAAUUCAAAGCACAGAUGGAUGUGGUGUACAAGAGCGUGAUUGGGUACAAAGAGGUUGUCAUCCUGAACCUGACGGAGGGCAGUAUUGUGGUUGACCACACCGUGAUCAUUGAGGCCCCCCUGAGCAACAAUCUCAAUGCCAUGUUGGAGUCCGUCACCAAUCAGGUGGUGAAGCAGCUGGAGAUCAUCAACACGACUACAGGGAACUGCACAGACGAGUUCUGCUUCAUGGCUCCACCCAACCCGGUCCUCAAAAACGCCACCACGAACUUUUCGGCUGCAGAUACCUGCAGGGAGACCGUCCCCCAGGACUUCGCCCAGUACUACUUCCCCUACGUCACCGAGAAGGGCACCCUGAACUGCCUCACCCGGUGCUCCCAGGACCUGCCAAAUUCCCUGAACUGCAACUACGGGCAGUGCCAGCUGAGGAGCUCCGGGCCCCAGUGCAUCUGCGCCAACACGGAUGUGUUCUGGUACCCGAGUGAUCGCUGCCAAACCCGUGUCAGUAAGGUGGGCGUGGGCAUGGCAGUUCCCCUGGUCGUCCUGUUCAUCGCCGGCAUCGUCCUCGCCGCCUUCCUGGUCAAGGCCAGGAGACAGGGGUCCAAAGCCAGCCUGAACAGCUCUGUUGAGCAUCUGGAGGAUUACGAGGAGGAAAUGAGCAUCUCUGGGGGCGUCAUCAUCAAGAACGAAGGAGCCUCGUACAAUGGGAGCAGCAGCAGAGGGACCUUCAGCCCUCAUCUCUCAGCCGUGGAUCCCGCCAUCCCGAUGCACAUCCGGAGGCCGAAGCUCGUGAGCAGCCCCUGACCCAGUCGGGGCCCCGCCCGGGCGGCGCGAGGGGGAGCCCAUUCGGGGCAUGGUGAAUAGUCCAGGCCCACUCCAGCAGCCGGGCCCCAUGGAGCUAGAGCCCCCCACCCCCGGGGGAAGGGGGCAGAAUCCCUUGGUAGAGCAGCUGCUGGAGACGGAGAGGGAAGGGGCCUGUACGUGCAUCGGGCCUGAUCCUCCCCCCUUCCCCCGCUGGCACGGGUGUAAAUCCGGCGUAACCCACUGACACCAGUGCCGUUACUGCCAAAUGAAGGAAAAGUUUAUGCAUCUUUGGGGGGCACAUUGAACCCCGCCCUGCCAGUUCUGUUUAGUGCAAUAGGAUAUUUGAGCACACCAGCCAGGCCAGGUCUGCAAAGCACUUUAACACAAGCCCACCCAGACGGGCCUGCCUGGACACCCCGUGCAAUAACUUAUUAACCGUUUUUGUGGUGGUGGUUUCAUUUGUAGCUGUAGCCGCAGCCGUAGCAGAAGCUAAGGCCAUCCUGGGACGCAUAAAUGGAGAGGAUGUCGAAUAGGGGCAGAGAGGUGAUUUUUGUGAUGCUCUGUAGCUCGGGGGAACACCCAGCACCCCCAUGUUCAUCCUGGUAAAAUGAUUGUGUGGCAUCCAGUGCAAAGUUUGU